AUGGCUAUGUUUCAAAGUACUAAUUAUGAUGUUAAAGCAUUCGGCAGAAAUGUUACCAUACCAAAUGCUGAUAUUGCUAAAGUAAUGUAUUAUAUUGAUUGUGUAUGUACAAUGAUUGAGUAUAAUGACCGUGACAUUCAAAGAUAUCGAAAUUUUUCAAAUUGGGCAAAUAUGUCAGACGAAGAAGAUCGCCUUAUCUUCAUUCUAGCUUUGGCAUUAUCACCUGAUGAAUUGGAAGAUAAAGUCUUCUUUAAUAGUCCUCAACUUUGUCCUAAUUCUAACAAUCAAUUUUAUGAAAUUGGACAAAUAAAAAACCAAUUGCUCGUUGUGCAAUCAGUGUUUAUUGGUGGUCAACAAAGACAUGUUAAAAAAAUAAUGGCUUAUAAACAAGCGUGGAUGCAAAAUUUUUACUAUGAGCCAAUGCGAAAUCUUGCUUUUCGAUUCAGUCCACAAGGACAACGUCAAGAAGCGGCAAGACGGGCAAUGAUAUCUCAAGCUUGUAUCAUUUCAUAA